AAGCUCUGUGGCCGCACCUUCAGCCUUUCAUCACCACCCUUCAUCAACUGCCGCAACCUUAAGUUUCUAUGGCUGGAUCACUGUCAAGUGCAAGACACUGCAGAUACAACAGCAGGGGGAGAGGAGGAGGAGGAGGAGGCCAUGAUCCGCCGAUGCUUCCAAAAACUGUGGGUGCUCGAUGUCCGUUACACACGCUGUGACGGGAUCCUGUCUACAAGGUUGCUAGAUUUCAUGACUCACCUCAGGGAGCUAAAUGUGGAGGGAGCACAGGAUUGGGAUGUCGGCCAGCUGCAGGGCCGGCUGCCUAAUAUCCGCAAGCUCCGAGUAACAAAGUCAACAGUAGUCUGCACGAGUUGCUCGGAAGAUAACUUGUUCUUGGGAAUGAACAAGAUGGAGCUUCUUGAAUUUUCAGGAAACCGUACCAUGCAAGGAGGAGGUGUAGCAGCAAACUUAUCUGGGAUAAGCACUAGCAGCAACGGACUUGAGACUAUGAUCAUUACUGAUGGGUGUGUUGGGAUACAAAAGUUAUCCUUCAGGGGAUGUGCUAAACUGAAGAAUCUGUUGCUGAGUGGAUUGUUUGAGGAUCUUUGUACCCUAGACUUGUCAGGCACAGCAGUCAAAACAGUAGAUCUCAGUGCCAUGACAGCACAGAGACUGGAUGAGCUCACUCUAGAUAACUGCGACAACCUUUGUGCAAUCCUGUGGCCACCACAAGGCAAACGGAAAAUUUACUUGCACAAGAUGCACAUUGACACCACCCAAUCAGCAUCAACUUGCAGAAGCAGGGAAGAGAAAAUGAAGGCUGGUAGCAGUAGCACUGCUGCUACAGGAUCAUCAUCGCCAAGGCCCAUGGUAUUGGUGAAUGGUGCUCAACCACCUUCAGAAUUUAAUUGGUAUAUUUCUAUAAAGGACACAAGGCUCCUCAGGUCAUUUGUGCCCUCUUUUAAAAAUUACUUUAACGAUCAUAAGGUACACCUAGAGGUUUCCUCUCCAAGAUGCUAUCCCACAGUUGAUGUUAGCGGUAGCGAGAAUGAAGGGACCAAGAACGAAACUAGAGAAGAGCAACAAGUAGUGCUAUCAAACAGGCAGCAGCAGCAGCCCCAAUAUAAUAGUAAUGCAUCAAUGUACUAUGCCGAUGUUGCUACCGUCAUAGUUGAGGAACACCUCCUUCAAGAAGGCGAUGGCAAUGGUAAUGAUGCCCCAACCAUCACAAGGACAAGGCCUUGCCCUCCCCCUGAUGAACGCCUAGGCUCCUCUGACUGUUACAUGUACAUACAAGACCAGCAGAUGAAGACAAAAGCAACGAUGGACAGUGGUGCUAUUGCUACUAUACCAAGUAUUAUAUGUGAUCAUGCUUACAUCAUGCAUGUGCAUGACAGCCUGUACAACACAAGUAUCCCUGGCCCUGCGCCAUGGUAUAACCUACUGUGGUGCCGGGUGGAGCGGUGUCCCAGGAUGGAAUUCAUCUUCACCGCUCCCAAGUUAGGAGGUGAAGGCAUUGUGCUCAUGUGUUAUUUCCUAAGAACUUUCUGGGCAUCCAAACUCCCCAGGACACGCUUCAUGUGGGAUAUGAGCAAACUGCCGUUAAGCCAGAUUUACCAUCGAUCAUUUGAGGAGGUGACAUUGUUGCACCUCGACUUCUGCCCUAGGCUCAUACAUGUACUACCCUUCUCGUCGUCAGUAAUCAAUCGACGCUACCUGGAGACUCUUGAGAUCGUGUGGUGUGGUGAUCUCAGGGUGGUCUUCCCUUUAUUAGACACUGACACCAAGAGCCACCAAAAGCAACAGCAGCAACAGAAGAAGCCACCAGGAGCAGCAAUAACAAUCGUGGAUUUCCCAAAUUUGAAGCAUAUCCACCUGCACGAGCUGCCCAUGCUCGAAAGCAUCUGCGGGCGUGGGAGGAUCUACGCCCCCUAUCUUGAGACCAUUAAGAUCAGGGGCUGUUGGAGCCUCAGGCACUUGCCGGCCGUCGUGAGCAACAGAAGCAAUAACAAGGUGGAUUGCGACUGUGAGAAAGAAUGGUGGGACAGGUUGGAGUGGGACGGAUUGGAUGGCAAGCACCAUCCUUCCCUUUACAGGCCAGUCCACUCGCGGUAUUACAAGAGGAAACUGCUCAGGGGCUCCGUGCUGAUAUGACUCAGCUCCCUCUGAAAUGUAAGCAACGCUUACUACGUACUCGGCUUGCUUCGGACUCAGCCUCACCUGCUGUCAUUUUCUUCCUUCGUUUGGUUGAUUAGUUUAUGCGCGAUGGAUAUGUAUCUCUGCUUGUGAACUUAGUUUGCCUUUGCAGCCUGCAUCUACAUCGACCUACACUGCAUUGGCCUUCCAGUGCCAUCUGCUUAUUUGUGUUUUGGUUUGUUAGUGGGUGCUCUGCUCUUAUCAUGGCACCUUCCUGCCUGAGAUAUAAGAUGGUGUAUUACAGAUGGAUCUCUACUCUGAGCAGUAGCGAAACAUAUAAAUAAGGGUGAGCGAGGAGCUGGCUGUUGUCGCUUGUGCUCCCGUCUCGUCUGUGUGGUGUGGUGUGCUGUGGCGUGUGAUCCACUUAUGAGACUGCUUGGAUUUGUUUCUCUCAUAUUUGUUACUUUUGUUGUACUUCCAGCUACAGAAUGGCUGAAUGAAUAAUUGAUGUUGUUGCUUUGUGUAAA